AUGAAAGCUGCUAUAAUCACUAGCAAUGCAAGCUUGAAAUCUUUUGGAGGCAAACUUGGCAUCACCAUGCUGCAAUGGGACGGUUUAAUCAACAAUGAUCAUACCCUGGCUGAUUUGCAGCUUCUAGCCUCUGAACUGUUGAAAUUGCUUGGAUUUCAGGAAGGGAAAAUGCUAGAUACCUCCCAAUUUGACUUGAUCUUUGUUUAUGUUGGAGCUGAUGAAAAGGUGAUGCAUCUGCAAGACAGAGAACUCAUCAAUGGUUUGGUUGGCGAGUUAAUGAACGUAGCACAACCUGGAACCGACAUUGGUUCUCGGUUGCACAUGUCUGUCAUAAUUAGCUAUGGGACUGCACUGGAGGAUGACAAUUCAAAAUUUUCGGUUUCUGAUGCUAAACAGAAGAAUAACUUUGAAGUUCCACUGCUUUUUCCUCGCCAAAGUUACAUGAUGAAAGGAGGGAAGCCACGGGCAGAUGUUAGGCACCACUGCCCGAUGUUAGUUGCUCAGUGGCAGAAUGCUGUAACUCGCAAGGAUAUGGUCAGGGUUUUCUCAUUUCGGGAUUUUAAUGAGAAUGGUGGAAUUCUUGCUAUACCAGCUGAUAGGUUUCUACAUGAAGUAGCGUUUAAGCUCUGGAAAGCUUCGAAAUAUGGAGCAUAG